AUGUGGAUCAGCCAGUUCCCGGCGGUGUUCGAGGCGGACCCCCUCCUGGAGCAGACCAUGGGGGACCUGUGUGCUCUGGUCCGCCUGGACGGAGGGAAAACUCACUCCCAGCUCAUCGACACCUCCGGCCUAAGCCCCCAUGAGAACGUGUCCCAGGCACCUUCACCCUCCGUGAAGAAGAGGAAGGUGUCUCUGAUCUUCGACCACAUGGAGCCCAACGAGAUGGCCGCGCACCUCAGCUACCUGGAGUUUAAGAAUUUCUGCAAUGUCUCGGUAGAUCCGGAGGGGAACAUCUCCAACCCCAAAGGCUCCCAGUUGGUGCACAUGACCCUGAUGAUGCACAGCUGGGUGGUGUCCUCCCAGACCUUCGCCCAGAGGCUCCUCACCUUAUAUCCUCCCCCCCCCCACCCCCCCGGGGGUCACAUGCCCGGCCCGAUUAUCCGGAUCAGGGAACAGCCCCCGCUUUGUUUAGUUGGAGCCCCGGAGGACCCAGAUCUGCAGCUUCAUCAGGCCCUGAGUGAAAUGACAGAGCUGCUCUCGUCACGCAGCAACUACAGCAACUACCGGCGGCUCUACGGCGAGUGCAAGGGCUUCAAGGUGCCCAUCCUGGGCGUGCACCUGAAGGACCUCAUCUCGCUCAACGAGGCCCUGCCCGACUACAUCGACAAGGACAAGAUCAACCUGAGCAAGCUGCAGCACCUGUACAGCAACAUCAACGACCUGCUGGCCAUCCACAGCUACACGCCGCCAUUCGAGGCCAACAAGGACCUCCUGCACCUGCUCACGGCCGUGGCCCCGGUCAAGCCCCCCGUGGUGGCGGAGUGGGGGUCGGGGGCCGCCCCCAGGCUGGACCCGGACACCAUCUCCAAGCACGUCAAGCAGAUGGUGGACUCCGUCAUGAAGAACUACGACCAGAACCAGGACGGGUACAUCUCUCUGGAGGAGUUCGAGAAGAUCGCGGCCAACUUCCCUUUUUCCUUCUGCACCCAAGAAACUGACAGGGAGGGGCAAAUCAGCCGGGAGGAGAUCACCUCCUACUUCAUGAGGGGGAUGUCCGUGUGCGCCAAGCUAGGCUACAACUUCAACGACGCGCACAACUUCCACGAAAUCACCUACAAGCGGCCCACGUUCUGCGACACCUGCGGGGGCUUUCUCUGGGGAGUCAUAAAACAGGGCUACCACUGUAAAGACUGUGGGAUCAACUGCCACCGGCACUGCCGGGACCUGGAGGAGGCCUUCGUCUUCCCCCAGGGCGAGGCGGAGCGGGGGGGCGGGCCGGAGGACGCCCCGCUGUGGGACCGCUCCACCCAGACGGAGCCGGGGGUCUGGACCCCGGAGAGGAGGGACCGCAGGGGGAACGGCCUCAACUCGGUCCCACACGUGUCUCCGGAGAGGAGGGUCCUUACCCCAGACUAG